AUGUCCCCCAAACCCGAAGCCCACAUCUCCCUCACCCUCACCCUCUCCACACCCACCCUCUCCCUCUCGCACCCCGACGAACCGCUCACCAUAAAAGUAACCGCCACAACCCUCUCCUCCAGCAAGCCGGCCGUCGGCAUCAUCGUCAACGCGCGCUGGACCAUCCUGGACGACCGUCUCACAGCGUACCGAUACCCGCUGCGGCUGCGCAGCGUGCGGGAGCCAGAGUCGUUCAUCCCUCUAAGUCCCGCUGUGCGGAUCUCCGGGGCGCGACCGCCCGUGGAGCUGGACCUGCGGCGGAGCGAGAUGGAGCGCUUCCUCGUGGUGCCGGGGAUGAGGAGGGGUGGGGUGGAGGUCGAGCAAAAGGUCACCGUGGGGAGAAUUUUCGAGUAUAGUGGGAUGAAGCCAUCCGAUAUCCAGCCCGGCUCCGAGUACCGCUUCGAGGUGCCCAACGGCAGCCUGCCACCUCAGUGGUGGACAUUUAAGGACGAGGCGGAGGGCAAGCGGUUCGCGGAGGGCAUCCUGCCGGACGAGAACGGGUUCCACGGACUCAAAGCCGACGAUCCUGCGGAGGUGGAGAGGCUUUAUCGUGAGGGGUGGCUGUAUAGCUAUCCGAUUCGCGAUUGCAAGUUCACUGUCGAGACGGAGCCCGGAGCGGUUGUGAGGUUUGUCGAGUGA